GCUGCCAGGCUCCCGGGGAGCUGCAGACAGGCGGCCGGAGCUCGGGGGGCAGGUAGAUUGCGGGCGUACGGCGGCAUGGCAGCGGCGGCCGGACCCCGGCUGAGCGGCCGGGCGGCGGCGGCGGCGAUGCGAGGUCUGCUGGGCGUCUGCCUUCGGGGAGCCCCGGCCCCCGCUCCUGCGGCCGCGAGCCUCAGUUGUAGCGCCAGGGGCUUCUGCACGGCGGCCGGAGCUGCCCCGGACAUGAAGAGUUACCUGUGGGAGCGCUACAGGGAGGCCAAGCGGGGCACGGAGGACCUGGUUCCUUCAAUUAUGAGCAACUUGUUGAAUCCAGAUGCAAUUUUCUCCAACAAUGAAACGAGCCUGUCAGACAUUGAAAUCUAUGGCUUUGAUUAUGACUAUACUCUCGUCUUUUAUUCUAAGCACCUCCACACCCUCAUCUUCAAUGCUGCUCGGGACCUCCUCAUCAAUGAGCAUCGGUAUCCUGCAGAGAUAAGGAGCUAUGAAUAUGACCCAAAUUUCGCCAUUCGUGGUCUCCAUUAUGAUGUACACCGGGCCAUAUUGAUGAAGAUUGAUGCAUUUCAUUAUAUCCAGCUGGGAACUGUGUACAGAGGGCUCAGUGUCGUCCCUGAUGAAGAAGUCAUUGAGAUGUACGAAGGCUCCCACGUGCCCCUAGAACAAAUGAGCGACUUCUAUGGAAAGAGCUCCCAAGGAAACACGAUGAAGCAGUUCAUGGACAUCUUCUCCUUGCCAGAGAUGACCCUCCUUUCUUGCGUCAAUGAGUAUUUUCUGAAGAACAACCUUGAUUACGAGCCUGUGCAUCUCUACAAGGAUGUCAAGGACUCCAUCAGAGACGUCCACACCAAAGGGAUCAUGUACAGAGCAAUCGAAGCGGAUAUUGAGAAGUAUAUCUGCUACGCUGAGCAGACCCGAGCGGUGCUGGCCAAGUUGGCCGAUCACGGCAAGAAGAUGUUCCUCAUCACCAAUAGCCCUAGCAGUUUCGUGGACAAAGGAAUGCGGUACAUCGUUGGGAAGGACUGGCGGGAUCUGUUUGACGUUGUGAUUGUUCAGGCGGAGAAGCCCAAUUUCUUCAAUGACCGGCGGAGACCAUUCCGUAAGGUGACUGAAAGAGGUGUACUUCUCUGGGAUAAGAUCCACAAGCUGGAGAAAGGCCAGAUUUACAAACAGGGCAAUUUAUAUGAAUUUUUGAAGCUUACUGGAUGGAGGGGGUCCAGAGUGUUGUAUUUUGGAGAUCACAUAUACAGCGAUCUGGCUGAUUUGACCCUGAAACAUGGCUGGCGGACAGGUGCCAUCAUUCCUGAGCUGAGGUCAGAGAUCAAGAUCAUGAACACGGAGCAAUACAUUCAGACCAUGACCUGGCUGCAGACCCUGACUGGAUUAUUGGAACAGAUGCAGAUUCACAGAGAUGAUACAUCACAGAUGAUUUUGCAAGAAUGGAAAAAGGAAAGGAAGGAGAUGAGAGAAAUGACCAAAAAUUUCUUCAACUCCCAGUUUGGAAGCCUGUUUCGAACAGACCAGAACCCCACAUACUUCCUAAGGCGCUUGUCUCGAUUUGCUGAUAUCUACAUGGCGUCUCUGAGCUGCCUCCUGAGCUACGAUCUCAGUCACACAUUCUAUCCCAGGAGGACUCCCUUGCAGCAUGAACUUCCAGCCUGGUCUGACAGGCCCACAGCGGGGAACUUCAGGAUCCCUUUUACACAAGGGGUGGCCCAGGCCAAGUAACCAAAUAAACCACUCGAGGUGGGCGGACAUUGAGGCAUUCAUACCAAUGAGAGUAUAAACGUCGCUUUUUAAGCAAGUAUGAAUAUUGUAUUUUGCUAUUUAUGUGGUUUUAUCUGGUGAAUAAAUUUCCUUGUUUUGAUAGAAUAGGAAUUCAGAAUUAACUGGUCUAACUCUCUUCUGAUUUGUAUCUCCUGUUAAUGAUAAUGGGAAUUAUGGACACCUAGAGGAGGGAAAAGUAGAUCCUUGAGGUUUCUGUUGGCUGAAAGAUGAGCUUCAUAUUGAAAGUCUAUUUAUUCAGCCUUUCAGUUUACAAAGGCCUUGGAGCUAAAUUUUUCCAGGAUAGAUAAGGCCCUUUUUGUACUAGUUCUAGAGCGUUGUGCUUGGUAGAGUUUUGACAGUAUUGAAACGACUGUGUUUCUUGAUCAUUCAUUCAACAGUUCCCUGCUAGGUGCCUAAGAUGUACAAGGUGUCAUGGGAAACAGAAAUGCCUAGCUCUUCAUCCUUGCCUUCAGAGAGGUUACAAAGAGGAAGUGACCUAUUAUAGUGGAAAGAGCAGAAGACUUCGGUUAGAAUUCCAUUUCUGGUACUUGUUAGCUGUGUGACCAUGGUCAAAUUGAUUAAGCGUUCUGAGCCCCUGUUUUCUUACCUGUAAAAUGGGGACAAUAAGCCUUGUAGUAAGAGAAGGUAUAGUAGAUUAGGUAAAGAGCUGACCUCAAAACUGUGGUCUGAUUUCAAGAACCAUCUCUGAUAUAUACUGGUUUUGUGACCCUAGUUACUUAGUUACUCAUAGGCAGCUCUCUUAGGCUACAUUAUGAAUAGCAGAGAAGGUGCUGCAUUAGUAAAGAGACUUUUUCCUCUCUCUAAAUCCUUGUUGGUCUGACCUCAUAGAAUUGUUGUGGGGUUCGAUUAAGAUAAUAGAGUGUCCCCAAGAUUUUUAAGAGCUUAACACCAUAUUAAGAUGUUUAGGACACCCCCAUAUACAUAAAGUACUUUGCAAACUUUAAUGCACUGUGUGAAUGUCAGGUAUUGUCAUAAUCAUAAUUUAGCCAAGUUCCAUGCUCAUGCUGCCAGAUUAGAAGCUAGAGCUCACCCCUCAAGUUGUUGGAUUUGAGAUUUAUUUUGAUAUUUCUCUUUCAUUGUGGACAUAUUCUGCACCCUGGGAAUUCGCAGUACUUCAAAGAAAUCGAAGCUCUGCCUCUGGGAAGACUCAAGAAGGGAGGACGGAGAAGGGAGUUAACUCCCUCACCCUCCCUUAUCCCUCAUUCAGCCGCUUUGUUACCAGGGGCAGACCAAGAGUGUGAUCAGUGACAGAUGAGAGUCCAUGCCUAUCCGGUACAAAGAUAGUGGUGUUCCCUGACAAAGGCAGAGAGAAAACUGUCUUGAAUAAAUAAUAGUCCCAGGCUACCGAGGAGAAUUUGGGGCUGGAGAUGGGUUGUGGUUCCCAAUUAAGAAAGGUUUUAGAUUCAUGUGCAAAACGAGACAAGCAGGAAGGUGAGACUAUCGGGACACAGCCUGAAACAAUCAACAUGAAUUAUCCAAGAGCUGCUGAAACAGCAAAAAACUACUUUGGUCUCGUGGUUUGCUACUGAAGGUGAGAUGAAGGCACAGGUGGGAUCUUUUUGGAACAAACUUCUGUGAUUCUCCCAUCUCCCCAUAGUUUUGCUGUAAUUAAAGCUUAUUAAAAUGAGUGCACAGUUAGCAAACUUAAUGCUAGGCCAUGAGACCUGGGAAGGCAACAGGCUAGAAGGAAAUUAAUGGUGUGGGACUCCAGCUAGGGAAAGAGGGAGGUGUUGCUCAGACAUUAUGUCAGACCCUUGCCUUUCGGGGUCUUUUGUGUGUUUUCUUCGUGAGUGGUUUGGGAGUUUGGGUGACUCUUGUUGGUGAGGGGUACAGGGUUAGGGCGAGGGAUUCAGGAGUUCUUGUGUCAUGGACUCUGAUGAAAGUCUUUCUUGAAUAAUAUUUUAAGUACAUGAAAUAAAAUGCAGAAGACUACGAAAGAAAUUAAUUAUAUUGGCAUACAUUUAUUAACAUUAAAGAAGUUCACUCCAGAUUGAGAACCUCUGGGUUAGAAUAUAUACUCCUGUUGAGAAGGUAUUGUUUCAUGUUUUUGUAUUUGUAUCUUCAGUACCUAAGACAGUGCCUGGCACAUAGCAGGUACUUAAUAAAUAUUUGGUGAUUGAUUGAUUGGUUGAAAGAAGUUUAAAAAGCUUAACUCCAUUUUAGCAGCUCAGCUCAGUUUCCCCUGCCUAUAAUGUAAAUGGUUAUAUGGCCAGGCUCUUUCUCUAAAAGAAUGCUGGGUACAUGGCCACGGAUCGUAGAAAGUCCAGUGUUAUUAGUGUGCAGUAUUAUGGCGGAGAGGUAGAUAAGGGGUCUUGGAGUCAGGAAGACUUGAUCCUUGAACACUUGCUGGCUGUGUGACCCUGGGCAAGUCACUUAACCUCUGUCU